AUGAACCGUAUUCUUCGUCAUUCUGUUUUCAACACAUCCAGAGCCGCCGUAAAAUCUGUCAUGCUUAAUACCAAUACUUCAGGAGCGGCAGAGGCUCAGCGUCCAUCAGGCCUCCAGUUUACUGUCCAUCCCAACGCCGCUUCAUUCGCAGUCUCCCAGCAGGCGUAUCUUGCAGCUCAUCCAGAUCCGAGAUACGGCUAUAUCGCGACUGGCUCACUCGUAUUCGACGUGAGCAACCAAUCAUGUCCUCGUUUGCUUCUACUCCAGCGCGCUGCUCAUGAUAGCAUGCCCAACAAGUGGGAGGUCCCUGGGGGCGGCUGUGACGACAACGACGAGAGCAUCCUGCACGCUGCGGCGCGCGAGCUAUGGGAGGAAUCCGGCCUGAAAGCAGUCCAUCUGGGGGCUCCUGUCGGAAAACCUUACUUCCUCUCGAGUAGGUCUGGGAAGAAAAUAUGCAAGUUUGUGUUCCCAGUGCAGGCCGAGACCAACAGCGAGGGCCGCAUGGAUGUAACUUUGGACCCACGAGAGCAUCAAUGCUUUGUGUGGGCCAGUGAAGAAGAAGUCAAGGCUAAGAGGAUAAAGGACAUGGAGCUGGAGUUUACGACGACGGACUUGGAGUGUAUAGUGCUCGCAGCAUUUAGUCAUUUCAAGACGGGAUAA